UCCGCCCACUUUUUCGUGGUCCGUUUGAGCGAGCCGUGAUCGUAAACACUGUGCAUUUCUAGUCAGAACCACGAUAGAACCAUGUUAUUCGUCAAACUAUCCACCCUUUUCACCUAUAUAUUUUACUUGCUGGGCACCGCCCUUCUGUGCGGUAUACUGAAUGGAUCUUACUGUUUCUACGAGUGGUACCAUUCGACACGGUUCCCAUCGAAGCAACGUUACGAGUUCAUCAUAGUGGGAUCCGGCACGGCUAGUUCCACUAUCGCUUCCGGUAUACCUUCCACGGAUGUACUGAUUUUGGAGGCAGGUUCCAUGCGAUCGGGAUUGAUGGAUAUUCCGCUGCUGCAACCACUACUACAGGGUACGAACUAUGAUUGGCGUUAUCAGACGGAAUCGCAGGACGCUGCCUGCAUGGGUUUGAACGAUCGGAAAAGCAACUGGCCCAUGGGGCGGGUGUUCGGAGGAACAGACAUGUUCAACAAUAUGGUGUAUUACAGGGCUCAGAGGGGAGAUUUCCGUGAGUGGUUUGAUGGAGAUGGUGACCUGGAUGCAUUUAUGGAGGGGUUUGAAUGCGGAACGGAUGUCGACGAGUUGAGUUUUGGAACCGAUCUUGGCGGAGCGUUUAUCAAGGCAGCUGGAGAAGCUGGGCUAGAGGAGGAGUUGUUUUACAGGCCAAAUGUGAGCAUGAGCGGCGGGAGGCGAUGGACGAUGAGCCAUCGUUAUUGGAAGCAAUCUCGGGAGGGGCACGAGUUGAUUUUGAAUGCUCUUGUGACGAAGGUCACCAUUGAGGGUCGACAAGCGAUGGGUAUAGAUAUGCGGAAAAAUGGCAAAGAUUUACACGUGAUGGCUUCCAAGGGAAUUAUUCUGGCAGCUGGAACGAUUGGAAGUGCCAAGAUUCUUCUGCAUAGUGGUGUUGGACCUUCAGAACAUUUGGAAGAGAAGGGUGUAGAUCAAGUAGUGGAUUUGAAAGUGGGAGAAAAUUUGCAGGAUCAUGUUACAACCGGAAUGGAUUUGGUUCUACUUUCAAACCAACUUCCUCUGCGAGCAUGGAAUCUUGUGAAUCCAAUGAAUGUCGGAAGAUACUUGUUUGCUGAUGGACGAAACUCUUCGCUAGCCUUCGGAGGCUGUGAAUGUCUUGGAUUCGUUAGUUUCGAUUCGAAUUUUACUCACUCACUUGGGUUUAUGGUCCUCCCGGUAGGAAUAACCAUCGAUACAGGCCACCAUCUGCAUGAUUUGAUCAACCUCCGGGAAGAUAUUUGGAACCUAUACUUUCGGCCUUUGGUAGAACGAGGUCAACAAUCAGUCACUAUUCUACCGAUUCUUUUGCAUCCCAAGAGCAAGGGAUUCAUUCGGCUGCGUGACUCAAAUCCACAUUCCAGUCCCUUAAUUCAACCCAAUUACCUACAAGAGCAAGAGGACAUUCAGACCCUUAUUACAGGGCUCAAAAUACUGCAGCAAAUUUUGGAUCAACCAGCGAUGAGAGCGCUGGGAGCGGAGCUCAAUCCAAAACUCUUCCCGGGAUGCGAGCAGCACCCAUUCGGAAGCGACUCCUACUGGGAGUGCUACAUUCGAGCGCUAACGUUGACGCUCUAUCAUCCGGUGGGAACGUGUCGCAUGGGCCCUGAAAGCGAUCCGCACGCUGUUGUGUCAAACAAAGACUUCAAGGUUCAUCAGCUGGACAACCUGUACGUCGUUGAUGGAUCGAUAAUGCCAAAUUUACCGAGUGGUAACCCCAAUUCGGUUAUCAUCGCCCUAGCCAAGUACUUCCUUAGAGUGAGAUUCUCAGUUAAAUAAAUGUAAAUAUAGUUGGA